AUGGCACAGGUCUUUGAUGGAAUCACCGUCCUCGACUUCACGAGCGGCCGUGCCGGCGGUGUCGCCACUAUGGUGAUGUCCGACUUCGGCGCUGAGGUCAUCAAAGUUGAGCCGCCGGGUGGGGAGAAAUUCAGGAACGCGCCGGGGUCCAUCCAGUGGAACCGCGGCAAGAAAAGCAUCGUUCUCGACCUGAAGACCCCGGAAGGUCGGGAUCACGCCCGCGGGCUGGCGCAACUCGCCGAUGUUGUCGUGGAAAGCUUCCGGCCCAGUGUCACCCAAAGGCUGGGUAUUGACUACGACAGUCUCCGGGACGGUCAUCCCGAGCUGGGUUACGACGGUGUGGUAGCGGCCAAGACCGGACGGACGAUGAUGUUCGCCGGGCAGAACCCCCGGGAAGGUCCCAACCACGUUGUCACCCAAGGCGUGUGCCAUGCCGCAGCUACGGCACUGAUACGCGGCAUCACGGCCGCUCUUUAUGUGCGGGAACGCACCGGCCGGGGCCAGCGGGUGGAGACCAGUAUGCUGAAGGCCGUGACCACCUACGACCACGUCUCGUGGGUCCACGGCCAGAUGGUCGAGAACCGCCCUGACGAGUACCCGCCCGACCCAUCGGUGGGCACUGGACGUGGCAACCCCACGGGUUACCUGCCCGCGCGCACCAAGGACGGCCAGUGGAUCCAGCUGGGGAACGUCGUGGAGCGGCUGUUCCGGUCGAUGAUGCACUCGCUGGACAUGGACUUCAUUUACGAGGACCCGCGCUUCGAGACCGCCCCCUUCCUUGAUCGGAAGGCCGUUGAUGCGCUGGAGCGAAUCAUGCUGGAAAAGGUCCAGGAAAAGACCCUGGACGAGUGGAUGGCGAUAUUCCUCAGCGAGGCGGGCAACGCGGCGGCCGAGCCAUACCUCACCUCUGAACAGGCCUUGGACCAUCCCCAGAUCGUACACAACGGCAACGUGCAGGAGGUGGAUGUUCCGGGUGUGGGAGGGACAAGUCAGCUCGGCCCCAUGGUGAAUAUGGAGGCUACACCGGGCAGCACGCAGGGACCGGCCCCGGCAUUGGGACAGCACACCGAAGAGGUCCUUGCCCGCCUCAGGAGCAACACGAAAAGGCAUACCAACGGCGCAAAGGCAUUGAUGCCCAAACAUCCUUUGGAGGGAAUAACGCUGCUGGACCUAGGGACGGUGAUCAAUGGCCCCCUUGGCUGCGCCCUUGUGGCGGAGUUGGGCGCCAGAGUGAUCCGCAUCGAGGCCCCCGGCGGCGACUGGGGCAGGCAGGGUCUGCCCUUUUCGGCGCACCGAACCAUGGCCGGCUCUGAGGGAAUCUGCCUAGACCUCAAGACCGAGGAGGGACAGGAAAUCAUGAGCAAGCUGGCGGCCAAGGCGGACCUGCUGUUGCACAGCAUGCGUCCUGGCGCUCCGGAACGCACCGGCAUCGGCUACGAGCAGUUGUCGAAGAUCAACCCCAAGUUGGUCUACGUGUAUGCCGGCGGCUACGGCUCGACCGGACCCUACUCUCACCGACCGUCUAUGGCCCCGAUUGCCGGGGCCGUCUCCGGGGGUGGCGUGGCGCAGAUGGGCAGGGAUGGCUUUCCUCAUCUGGACCAAUCGCUGUCAAUCGAGGAAUCGCCGCCGUAG